UGCAGGGAGCUGAGGCUUGUACAAAAUUCCUAGUUAACGUGACAAUGAGUUUUAACUCUAGCAGUUAUCUUUCACAGUAUAUGAAUGGAGGUCUGUCUCAGACUAAAGGAAAUUACAGCUCCUCCAGUAUAUAUAGCGGGACAGGUGGACAUGGGGGAUGCCUUUCCAGAUCCAAGUCCUUUUCAUCUUCUGGUCCAGGAAGCCACUAUGAAGCCAAGGAUUACGGUGAAAGCUUUCUGUCCAAUAACAAGAAGGAGACAAUGCAAAACUUAAAUGACCGUCUGGCAUCUUACUUGGAAAAGGUGCACUUUUUGGAGGAGGCUAAUGCUGAGUUAGAGCUAAAGAUCCAGGACUGGCACAGCAAAAGGGCACCAAAAAAUAACAAGCGAGAUUAUAGUGUGUAUGAGAAGGCCAUCUCAGAACUGCAAGCACAGCUCGCCAAUGGGCAUUUGACAGGGGCCAAGUUAACACUACAGAUGGAAAAUGCCAAACUUGCUUCUGAUGACUUUAAACGCAGGUACGAUACAGAGAAAGCAAUUCGCACAACACUGGAGAGAGACCUUGAGGGCCUACGUAAAGUAAUGGACGAUCUCACCAUAGUGAGGACAGAUCUGGAAAUGGAGAUUGAAGGCAUGAGGAAGCAACUUAUCUACAUGAGAAAGAGCCACGAAGAGGAUAUGAAGGUGGCCAUGGGUCAGAAGAAAAAUUCAUCUGUUAAUGUUGAAAUUGAUGCGGCUCCAUCACAAGAUUUGGUGAAGAUCAUUGCCGAUAUGAGAAAGGAGUACGAAGCUAUCAUUGAAAAGCACCGCAAGGAGGCAGCAGAUUGGUACAAUCAGCAGUCAACAACUGUACAGCAAGAGGUGUCCAUCAACACUGAAGUCCUCCAGAGCAAUAGGAAUCAGAUCAAAGACUUGAAGAGAACACUCCAGACAUUGGAGAUUGAGCUUCAAGCAGAGAUCAGCAGGAAACAUGGCCUGGAGGGCACAAUAGCAGAAACCCAAGACAGCUCUGCAGACCAACUUGAGAAGAUUCAGGCAACCAUAUGCCGGCUUGAAGCAGAGCUAAGCAAGGUCAAGAGUGAGGUAGGACGACAAGGCAAUGAAUACAAGAUCCUUCUGGACAUCAAGAGCCGUUUAGAGAAUGAGAUUGCUACCUACAGACGACUGCUGGAUGGAGAUAACACCAGAGGAACAUUAACUCAAUCUGAAGGAUACACAGUCAAGACAAUAGUCCAAGACGUGGUCAAUGGAAGAGUGGUAUCCUCCAGGAUCACUGAAAUACCUAAGAAGUUGUGAUGAAGAUGCGACUUAGGAAUAUACGUGUUUAAUGUGGCAAAAUGACGCGUUUCAACGUUCAAGGAGGCGUUACGUGCCCUGUUUACAUGUGCCAAUAUUUAUCUUUACUGUACAGUUGGACAAGUGUUUACAGGGCUUCUCCUAUCAGACUGUAUUCAUUAAUAUUUAUUAAGGAGAGCUCAGAGAAAGCUAAGUCAGUGCUUUAUUAUGGCUGAAGCAGAAUUCCAAUGUGAUCACCAUUAAACCUUUAAGUAUUGGUGACAAUGUGCAAUGUGAGGCAUCAUCUGGAUUCUCCAGUCAUCAAUUAACCUCAUGCAGUGACUCUAAAUACAGACCAAACAAAUGUGACUCUGAAGUACACUCUUCAAAUAUAUUUUCUUUGCAAUUGCAGUAAUAAUGUUUUAUUAGCACUUAGACUAUAAAGUCAUGCACUGACUGUUACAAAUUCACCUUCUGCUACCAAAUAUUUUAUCUGACUUGGCUAGCUCUCGGCUUAUAAUAUUUGGCUAUUUUUCUUGGACUAUACUUAACUUAAUACCCAAUUAAUUUAAUGCUUAGGUAUUCUAAUAUAAAGACCUCUGAUUCAUGAAUGCUCUGAAAAAUAAAUAUAAUUUACAGCCAAUUCUGUACUGUACUACCAUACUUUUUAAAUUAACACAUUAUUUUAAUACUUAAAAAAUAUAUAUAUAUAAUGUAUUGGAGGCAUUUGAAUGAACUUUUAUUUUAAAUUAUACUAAGCUUUUGUCCAGUUUUGUGUGUUGCCACAUUCGUGAAAGGGAUAUAUGGCUUAUUUAUGAAUUACUAUAUUACUUUCAGAACUAUGGAGAUCAAUGGGUACUGUACCUGCUUUUUACAAAGUGUAUGUCAGACUUCGGCUCCUAACUAUUACGGCACAAUUAAGCUUUAGAGUAGGCGGGUCACAUAAAUCAGAGUUAAGUUAAGUUGUGCCUGCUAGGAACUGAACAUAUUACAUUUUUGUUAUAUACAGUCCCAAAUUAAUACUGGGUCCUAAAAACAUUCCCAGCAUUUGUAAAAGUUGAAGCACCUUAUAUUUUUGAUAAUAAUAAUUUAGGCAGUUUAACAGUUUAACUAGAGAUAAUUGCUUGACACUAUUUUGUCAUUAAUUAUAUAUUUUUGCAAAUCCUUUUUGUCAGAAUGCAUUAAUAUAUAAAUGACUUUAAUGGCCAUUUACUUAAACAUUUGUAUCAUGUAUAUGAAAAAGCAGUGUUUAUUCAAAAAUAUAAAUUUAGUAAAAAAAUAUUUUUUUCCUUAAAAAAUGCUAAGUAAAGCUGGUUACAUUGAAACUAAUGCCACAGUACUGGUUUUGUACUUAUCUUCACUGGCUGGUAACAAUAGCUGCCUCUACUUUUCUUUAGUGUUGGAGAUUGUAAUACUGGAAUACAAUUUUACAUGCAAAAUAAACAUUUUGAAUUUUUUUUGCUAAUAAAUAUUUGAUUCAUUCAAAAUGGUACAGCUCAAAUUAUUUUGUAUGCUGUAAAGGACACAGAGCUCAUAUUUUGUAUUUUGUAAAUGUUAUAAAAGUGUCAGUCUUGUCACUACACUAUCAAUAAUGGUUAAGCUGGUAAUUAUCAACUCCCCAGCAGAUACCAUUACAGUUAACGAGCCAUACACAUCUUUAUGCUAGAUGCAGUCGCAUAUACUUUCUAGCGGAGUUGAAAACGCAUUUACAAAGUGUAGUACAAAUCAGCUGCUAUCCUCGUUGCCAUAGACCAGAAAAAUGUGCAGUUUUUGCAAAGCUCCCUAUCAAGAGCAGGAAAGGGUUCUUCUGAUUGGGGUUCCCCUUUUAUAGUUCUUAAACAUUCAACACAUCUAAAAGCAUCUUGCACAUUGUUUGCAGUAAAAAUAUAAAAAAACAAACAAAACACAAUGCAAAGUAUAGUUUAGCACCCCGUGGGCACAUUUUUACUAUCAUGUCUGGUUGCUUCUCACUCAAAGUUUUUUUUUUAGUUCAGCUUUGGCAGGCAGUAAAGCAAAUCAGGCUCUGCACCACUUGCCCCUUUGGAAGGAAAGAAGGCCCUUUCCUAUAGCCGUGCAUUAGCUCUUACUUCUGAGUGAUGCAUCACACCCUGGGGAAUAAUUUUCAAACUCAAUCUAGGGGGCCGAAUUAUAAUUGUGUGGGCAGACAUCGAAAAAUGCUGACAGCAUAUUUAUCAAUGCACAAGCAUUUCUAGUGAAAAGCUUGUGCAGUGUCGCCCCCUGCAGAUUCGCUAGCAGGGGGUGUCAAUCAUCCCAAUCGUAUCUGAUCAGGAUGAUUUGUAUCUGCCGCCUCAGAGGUUAAGGAGCAGUGGUCUUAAAAAGGUUAAGGAGCCGCCUCAGAGGUUAAGGAGCAGCGAUCUGGAAACUACCGGGGUAGAUUGCAGCAUCCGCUGCUUGUUAAAUCUACCCCAAAGACUUUAGUCCCAUUUUUUUUAGCUCCCAAUCUGUGUCUUUUUAAGCUCUGAGUGAUCACAAUCCAAGUGUUAACAUCAUUUUUAGAUUUGGGAAACAUUUUGAUAAGAUCCUAUCAGAUAGUGGGGAAAUCACCCAUACGAUGCAUGGACAGCAAUGGCUUUGGUGAUCAUAAACCUCCUGACCACAGUUUUUGCACUUUAUUUCGCCAACAAAAUGGGCACAUAAAAUUCAAUAAACAAAGGGUGUUGGUAAAAUGUAAAACUCAACUUUUUUUUUAACAUGCUUGACAGUAUUGCAAGAUGAUUUGGAAUAAUUCUAUUAUCUUGUGUAAGUGAAAUACACUCUGAAAUGGGUACAGAUUGUUUAGAUUCAUUGACCCUAUAUUCACCAUUAUAGUAUAGUCCCUUAGUAGUAGGCAGGAGAGACAUUUACAUAUGUAUAUAUAUUUAACAGACAGAUACAUGAUUUCUAUUACAGGCUAACAGGAUUUGUAGGACUAGGAAAUGAGAAAAUGGAAAAUCGACAAAUGGCGUUUAGCAAUCACACUCUCAAUAUCUUUGUUAUUAUUUCAUACUGACAUUUUCGUGUUGUAAAGUACAGUUUUCUCCACUUUAUGAAUGGGGUUUCACUCAGUAAUUGCAUCGUCUUAUAUAGUCAGUGGAAUAGGAAAGUCAAAUAUGUGUAUAUCUUUCUCUACUGGGAGCUAACUGGUAAUUGGUGCCUACUAGACGUGUGCAUUUGGAUCCUUCAUUAGGAUCCCGAAUGGGGAAAAAGGCGACUGCUCAUGGCAUUUGGCUCUUUUCAGAGCCUGAUUUAUUCUUGUGAAAGUGCAACACACUAAGAUCUGGAAUUGCACAGAUCUUUCACAAUAAUAAAUCCAGCCCCUGAAAAGAGCGAUUGCCACAAGCAGCCGCAUUCUUCUGCAUUGGGAUCCUAAAGAAGGCUCCAAAUGCACGUCUAGUGUCUACACACAUUUGUCUCCUGUCAUUGGUUACCAGAUGCUGUCAGCUAGCUCCCAGUAGUCUACUGCUGCUCUGGAGUCGAGUCCCUUUUGCAGGGGUUAAACACACAGUUAUAUUAAGUUCUUCUUUAACAUAUGCAUUUUUCUAUCCCUUUAACAAGCUUUUUCAUGAAAAAAUAUUUUGAACAUGUUUAAUUAUGGUUUUUAUCUGCAUGAUAUGUUUUGGUUUAAUGUCUCUUAAGAUGGACAUUUUGUUUAUAGAGAAGGUCACACAUUAAAUUGCCAUUUUAGUGUUAAAAUGUCAUUCUAGCACUAUCGACCUUGUAAGUCAAUGUUGGAGUUAAACACCUAGGGGCCGAAUUAUUAUGCUGCGAAUGCAGCAGUUUCUGCACGAGCCUUCAGGAAUUAAAGGGACACUGAACCCAGUUUUUUUCUUUUGUAAUUCAGAAAGAGCAUGCAAUUUUAAGCAACUUUCUAAUUUACUCCUAUUUUCAAUUUUUCUUCGUUCUCUUGCUAUCAUUAUUAAAAAAAGAAGGCAUCUAAGCUUUUUUUUGGUUUCAGUACUCUGGACAGCACUUUUUUAUUGGUGGAUGAAUUUAUCCACGAAUCAGCAAGGACAGCCCAGGUUGUUCACCAAAAAUGGGCCGGCAUCUAAACUUACAUUCUUGCAUUUAAAAAUAAAGAUACCAAGAGAAUGAAGAAAAUUUGAUAAUAGGAGCGAAUUAGAAAGUUGCUUAAAAUUUCAUGCUCAAUCUGAAUCACAAAAGAAAAUUUUUGGGUACAGUGUCCCUUUAAGACAGCUGCUCCUUAACUUGUCUGCCGCCUCUGAGGCGGCAGACAGCAAUCAGUUUGAUCAAAUUCGAUCGGGUUAAUUGACACUCCCUUCUAGCGGCCGAAUGUGCAGGGGGCGUCAUAGUACAAGCAUUUCACAAAAAAUGCUUGUGCAAUGAUAAAUGCUGACAGCGUAUGCUGAUCCGCUACAUUAUGUCCACUCACACAUUAGUAAAUUGGCCCCAUAGACUUGAAGAGUCAGUAGUACUAUAAAGGCAUGCUCUAAUUGAUUAUCACAUGCCAUUUUUGCUCUCUAAUGGAAAUUUAUACCCUUGACUUCUAGAAAAUUCAGGUUUAAGGAUCUUAAGCAGGUUUUUGUAUAAUGUUACUUUAAGGUAUACAUAUUGUUUAUUAAAAAUGGAAGUCCUUGGCUGCCAGGGAGUCCUGGGGUAAAGGAUUUUUAAACAUGUAAUAAAGUGAGAAGUGUAUAAGCCAAGAGGAGUAACUAAAUGCUAUGUUUGCAUGUUUAGUAGCACUUAAUUACAUGGAAGUAGGUACACACAUUAGAAGCACCUACAGUUGCUGGAUGGUGGUCUGAAAAAAAGCAUGUUCUAUAAGGAAAGUAAAGAAAAAAGACAAAUGUGAUGCAUACAAAAUUCUGUGUUUAUUUUGUAAGUGGGACCUAAAACAUAUAAUUUAGAUGAGCUUUCUGUGUGCUCUGCUUACUUGUAAUGGAUAUUUAAUAAUAUCUCUAAAUAAAGUUAUUUUUUUUAUUUAGAAUUAUUAAUAAUGUGAAUAUAUUAAUGUAUUUCUUUGUUCUUUGUAUCUUAUUAUAAUAAAUUUAAAUAUUAAAAUACAAA